AUACAUAUCUUUCUCUCUCUACAUGCACCCAUAUCUCUUCAUUUCUCUCUUUCUUCUUUUUCUCAUGAACAAUAUAUCAAAGAGAAAGAAACGUAUAUUAGAAUUGGGAUUUUGGGUUGUUUUCUUCAUUGUAAAAAUUGAAUCCAAGUGUAGCAAUGGUUGUGAUCUUGCCUUGGCAUCAUAUUAUGUUGCACAAGGAUCAAAUCUCACUUACAUAAGCAAAAUUUUCUCUCAAACAAUCCCCGAAAUCCUUAGAUACAAUCCACAAAUCCCGGGAGGCGACAGCAUAGAAUCUGGGGCCCGAAUUAACGUCCCGUUUUCGUGUCUAUGCUUAAAUGAUGAUUUUUUAGGCCAUACUUUCAAAUACGAAACUCAAGUUGGUGAUACUUAUGGUAAAAUUGCUAGUGAAGUUUUUGCUAAUCUUACGGAUGAGUAUUGGGUCCAACGAGUGAAUUGGUUUGAAGCCGAAAAGAUACCGGACUUUGUUGAUAUUAAUGUUACAGUGAAUUGUACAUGUGGCAACAAACACGUGUCAAAGGAUUACGGGUUGUUUGCAACAUACCCGCUUCGACCCGAUGAAGAUUUGCAGUCUAUAAGUAUAGAAUCAAGUGUCCCGAUGACGUUGUUGGAGCGGUUCAACCCAAGAUCCAAUUUUAGUGCCGGGUUGGGACUAGUGUUUGUGCCGGCCAAAGAUCAAAAUGGAACUUUUCCGCCUUUGAAGACAAGGUAAACAGGUUUAUCGGGAAGUGCCACUGUCGGAGCAUCUGUUGGAGCGGUUGUCGGGGUUCUUUUGUUGGGGAUUUGCAUCUACUUUGGAUUCUACAGAAGGAAGAGGGUUGCGGAAGGAUCAUUUCUCGAAGAAAAUGCAAACGAACUUCAUCUUGCUUCGGAUAGCAAUUUGGGAAGAAGGGUGGAGUCAGGUCAUCUUAUUGGUGGUGCACCGCCAGGUGUCACCGGUAUAACGGUGGACAAGUCGGUGGAGUUCACAUACGAGGAGCUAUCCAAGGCUACCGAUGAGUUUAGCAUGGCUAAUAAGAUUGGCCAAGGUGGUUUUGGAGCUGUUUAUUAUGGAGAGCUUCGUGGCGAGAAAGCAGCAAUAAAGAAAAUGGAUAUGCAAGCAUCAAAAGAAUUUCUUGCUGAGUUGAAGGUCUUAACACAUGUUCAUCACUUGAACCUGGUACGUUUGAUAGGAUAUUGUGUAGAAGGAUCGUUGUUUUUGGUGUAUGAGUUUAUUGAAAAUGGCAAUUUGAGUCAACAUUUGCGUGGUUCAUUAGGGAGGCAACCAAUUCCAUGGGCUACAAGGGUACAAAUUGCCCUUGAUUCGGCUAGAGGGCUUGAAUACAUACAUGAGCACACAGUUCCCGUGUAUAUUCAUCGUGAUAUCAAGUCUCCUAACAUUUUAAUCGAUCAAAACUAUCGUGCAAAGGUUGCUGAUUUUGGGCUAGCAAAACUUACAGAAGUUGGGAGCGGCUCCUUACAAACCCGAUUAGUCGGAACAUUUGGAUACAUGCCUCCAGAAUAUGCUCAAUAUGGUGAGGUUUCUCCAAAGGUUGAUGUAUAUGCUUUUGGAGUUGUUUUAUUUGAACUAAUAUCAGCUAAAGAAGCCAUUGUCAAGGCAAAUGAAUUGUCUAGUGAGUCUAAAGGACUUGUCGGUUUGUUUGAGGAGGUCUUAAGUUUGUCUAAUCCAAAUGAAGCUCUAUGCAAACUAAUAGAUCCGAGGCUUGGAGCUGAUUACCCUAUCGAUUCUAUCCGCAAGAUAGCCCAGCUUGCUAAAGCAUGUACACACGAAAACCCUCAAUUGAGGCCGAGCAUGCGGUCGAUUGUGGUUGCACUAAUGACACUGUCAUCUUCAACCGAGGAUUGGGACGUUGGUUCUUUCUUUGAAAAUCAAGAUUUGGUUCAACUUAUGUCAGGAAGGUAGUAUAAUGUUGUUGUUAUGCCACAUAAGCAUCCAAUUCAUACGAGGUUGUGCCACAUAAGCAACUAGACAUGGUUUGAUAGAAACUAGUAUAAUUCCAUUUUCUUGUAUAUUUCUUUAACUCAAUGUAAUUAGUAGUAUAGAGUUAUACUUUAUUUUUGAACAUCAAUAAUAAAUGUGUCCAAUUGUAACAUCCCAAA